UGAGAAGAGACCUGUUGAUCAUGGCCCAGGGAUCCAGUGACAUGGAAACUGCUGAUCAAGAGGAGAGCUCUCCAAACAUGAUUGUUUACCGAAAGAUAGAAGACAUCAUUACAAGAAUGCAGGAUGACAAAAUGGGAGGAGUGCCCAUCCGAACUGUCAAAAGCUUCCUGUCAAAAAUCCCCAGUGUUGUCACAGGUGCUGACAUAGUGCAGUGGCUCAUGAAGAACCUGAGUGUUGAUGAUCUAGCUGAAGCAAUACACCUGGGAAGUCUCAUAGCAGCACAGGGAUAUAUUUUUCCAAUCUCAGAUCAUGUACUUAUUUUGAAGGAUGAUGGGACUUUCUAUCGUUUUCAGGCUCCCUACUUUUGGCCUUCAAAUUGUUGGGAACCAGAAAACACAGACUAUGCCAUCUAUCUUUGCAAGAGGACUAUGCAAAACAAAGCUAGGCUGGAGCUGGCAGAUUAUGAAGCCGAAAACUUAGCAAGGCUGCAAAGAGCUUUUGCAAGGAAAUGGGAAUUCAUCUUUAUGCAAGCGGAAGCACAAGUAAAAAUUGACAGAAAAAAGGAUAAAACGGAAAGGAAAAUUUUGGAUAGUCAAGAAAGAGCCUUCUGGGAUGUCCAUAGGCCAGUGCCGGGUUGUGUGAACACAACAGAGAUGGACAUCCGAAAGUGUCGCCGAAUGAAAAAUCCACAAAGGGUCAAAAAGUCCGUAUAUGGUGUUACAGAAGAUUCUCAGUCACAAAGCCCUGUACAUAUGCCCUCCCAGCCAGUUCGAAAAACAACUAAAGAAGAUGUUCGAAAACAAAUAACAUUUCUGAAUGUGCAAAUAGACAGACACUGUUUAAAAAUGUCUAAAGUAGCAGAAAGUUUAAUUACUUACUCGGAUCAAUACAUUGAGUAUGAUCCUUUUAUAACUCCUGCUGAACCUUCCAAUCCCUGGAUAAGUGAUGACACCACGUUUUGGGACUUAGAAAUAAGCAAAGAACCUUCUCAGCACCGUGUCAAAAGAUGGGCAUUCUCCAUAGAUGAAGUGUUGAAAGAUCCAGUGGGGCGUGACCAGUUUCUUCGAUUUUUGGAAUCAGAAUUCAGUUCUGAAAACCUCAGGUUUUGGUUGGCUGUCCAAGAUCUAAAAAAGCAACCAUUGCUGGACGUAGCAACCCGAGUGGAAGAUAUAUGGCAAGAGUUCCUCGCUCCUGGGGCCCAGAGCGCCAUCAACCUGGACUCUCACAGCUAUGAGAUAACAAGCCAAAAUGUCAAAGACCCAGGGAGGUACACAUAUGAAGAUGCACAGGAGCACAUUUACAAACUGAUGAAGAGUGACAGCUAUGCACGUUUUCUCCGUUCUAAUGCUUAUCAAGACUUGUUGCUGGCAAAGAAGAAGCCCGAGAAUGAGCAAGGUCGUAGAACUUCUCUAGAAAAGUUCACUCGCAGUAUGGUAAGUUCAUUUGUUUUUGGUUUCAUUUCUUUUGGUUCUUUUACCUUCUCUCCUUCAGCAUUUUCUUUUAUUUAG